AACGACGCGUAUAUAACAUCUUUAAAUACAAACGACGUCGUAUUCGAUCGGCAAAAAUGUCGGCUCUAUCCAGCACAACAAAUAUUCAGUUUGUUGGCAUUUUUUGAUUUCAUCCCUAAAUUUAAAACCUUGAAGAACAAUUCCAUAAUCGCUUCAGCUCCAAAAUUUAUUUCUUCAAUCCUCUAAUCUACUCGAUUUUUCGAUAUUUCCAGGACAGAUGCUGUCAUCAUCUCCAACACUCAACAACCAUGCUGAUUGUGAAGAUCUGGAUAAGAUCUCCUCCAAGCAGAAGAGGGGUAAAAAGUUAUGGAGGAAAGUCAGAUAUCAGCUUGUAGAGUAUCAUUCUUUGCCUACAUUUCUUAGAGACAAUGAGUACAUUUUAGGUCACUAUCGGUCUGAAUGGCCCCUGAAACAGGUUUUAUUGAGCAUCUUCACAAUCCAUAACGAAACUCUCAAUGUUUGGACGCAUUUGAUUGGGUUCUUUCUUUUUCUAUCCUUGACCGUGUACACAGCAAUGAAAGUCCCUGAUGUUGUCGACUACUACACUUUGCAAAAGUUUGCCGAGAUGCUCAAGAAAGCUGGCUUGCACGAUAUUCACUCAAGAUUUGUAAAAUGCCUUCCAUCAUUAUCUAACAUGCCCGAUUUCAGUAAGAUUAGAGGUGAAUUAAAGGCUUCACUCCCUUAUAUCAAUUCACUGUCAUCGGUUUCUGGGUGGCAUAUUUUGGAACAUUUUUCAAACCACUUGCCCGAGUGUUUCUCCCAUUUCAAUCACACUAGUGAUAAAUUCUUGUGGAGCAUGAAGAAUGAUUUGCUCAACACUAUUGCACCAUUGUCGUUCCACCCGAUCACAAGAUGGCCUUUCUAUGCCUUCUUGGGUGGGGCCAUGUUCUGUUUGCUCGCUAGCAGCACUUGCCAUCUUCUUUGUUGCCACUCGGAACGCCUUUCAUAUAUAAUGCUCAGGCUCGACUAUGCAGGCAUUGCUGCACUUAUCGCAACCUCAUUCUACCCUCCUGUUUAUUACUCCUUUAUGUGCAACCCAUUUUUCUGUUACCUAUACUUGUCAUUUAUAACUAUAUUAGGAAUCGCAACCAUUAUUUUCUCGCUUUUCCCGGUCUUCCAAAACCCAGAAUACCGAACCAUCCGUGCUUCCUUGUUCUUCGGUAUGGGCAUCUCUGGUGUCGCUCCCAUUUUGCACAAGUUGAUACUGUACUCGAACCAGCCCGAAGCAUUGCAGACCACCGGAUAUGAAAUUUUAAUGGGUGCCUUGUACGGCCUUGGAGCUUUGAUUUACGCUAAAAGAAUACCUGAACGAUGGCGACCAGGAAAGUUCGAUAUUGCAGGGCAUAGUCAUCAGCUCUUUCAUAUUCUGGUGGUUGCGGGAGCUUACACACACUAUCAUACUGGACUCGUCUACCUCAAGUGGCGAGAUUUGCAUGGUUGUUGAAAUCGCUGUAUAAACCGGCCAGUUACGUGCAAAAAAUCGUCGUUAACUGUAGGGGUACGAGAAUUUACAUAAGUUAUAAUGCUAAUUUGCUGUUCUUGCUCGUAGCAAUUGAAGAGUGAAGAAUGAAGAGUAAAGAAUCUCUUAUGUUAAGGUUUAACAUACUAUGUUAAGUCAACCUUCGAUGUAAAUAAUUUUUGUGUCCAAUAAAAUAUAAUUUACUAAAAAUAAAAUUCUCCUUCUGUCCCGUUAAGAAUGUAAUGUUUAAGUUUUCAAUAUGUAAAGUUUCGGGUACAUAUGUUGCAUUUUCAA